UCUCCGCAGCCAUUAGGAGGAAGGAGAACGGCUGGUACGAUGAAGAGCAUCCCCUCGUCUUCCUCUUCCUGGGCUCGUCUGGAAUCGGUAAAACUGAGCUGGCCAAGCAAGUGGCACGAUACAUGCAUAAAGACAUUAAGAAGGGUUUCAUCCGGAUGGACAUGUCUGAAUUUCAGGAGAAACAUGAGGUGGCGAAGUUCAUCGGUUCUCCUCCAGGAUACGUGGGUCAUGAAGAAGGUGGUCAGCUGACCAAACAGCUCAAACAGUGUCCGAACGCCAUGGUUCUGUUCGACGAGGUGGAUAAAGCUCAUCCAGACGUGCUGACCAUCAUGUUACAGCUCUUUGACGAGGGUCGACUGACUGAUGGGAAGGGGAAGACGAUCGAGUGUAAAGAUGCCAUCUUCAUCAUGACGUCUAAUGCAGCUAGUGAUGAAAUUGCCCAGCAUGCAUUGCAGCUGAGACAGGAAGCUCAGGAGCAGAGCCGCCGGCGUCUGGCUGAGAAUCUGGACGACGUUCAGAAGAGCGAGAAGAUCACCAUCUCCAACACAUUCAAAGAGCAGGUGAUCCGCCCCAUCCUGAAGGCUCAUUUCCGACGGGACGAGUUUCUGGGGAGGAUCAACGAGAUCGUUUACUUUCUUCCGUUCUGUCACUCUGAACUCAUUCAGCUGGUCAGCAGAGAGCUCAACUACUGGCGGCGGCUGGUGAAUCAGCUGGCGGCUGCGUUUGAGCAGGAGCUGCUGCCGAAGGGCUGUACGCUGCGUCUGAGCGUCGACGGAGGACAGCAGGAGAAGGACGGAGCUCCGGCUCUGCAUCUGGAGGUGGUGGGUGAAGACAGCUCCGCCCGGAAACUGGACAUCCGCCCGCCGCUGAACCCUGAGGACGUGACGUACACUCACCGACAUCACUGA